UCCACGGAGAGGAAUCCACGGCAUCUUAUGUGCCCCAGGGUGUAAGAUUAGUAGAAAAAUCGAUCCCAGAGAAUAUAGCUGGAAUUUAAUCUCAGCUUUAUUAUUUUUACUCGGUGUGGUGAAAAUAUGGCUUUCAAAGUUAUGCUUACCUUGCUUUUGAUAGCCACUCACCUAUACAGUGUUCUAUCACAAAAUGACCCGUCUUGCAUGACGCCAACACAACAGAGCGGAUUCUGUGUGCCAAUUGAACGCUGUCGAAAUAUUAUUAACAUCAUUAAUUCACCAACACCACCGUCCAGGGGCGUACAGAAUUACAUUAAUCGCGCUGCCUGCACUUUGCCUGGAGUGGAGCGUAGCAUCUGCUGCCAGCCUGUAGAAGUUGCUCCUGCGGCGGCUCCGCUUGUCGUUCCGACGAGUAGCGUGCGUCCCCCGCUAAACUGGGGACUUCUGCCAAAGACAAAUUGUGGCACGAUCACCAUCAACAGGAUAGCAAACGCCAAUGCAACGCGCGUCUUCGAAUAUCCGUGGAUGGUGCUGCUGCGUUACGAAAAGGGUGGUGUUCUGCUGGACGGUUGCGGGGGAUCGCUGAUCAAUAACCGCUACGUCUUAACGGCAGCACAUUGCGUGCGAACAUCGAGCACUCUAAAGCUGUCUAAAGUGCGCCUAGGCGAGCACGAUAAACUAAAGCCUGUUGAUUGCCACGUGUAUAGCGACGGUGAACAGGAAUGUGCAGAUCCAGCUAUUGACGUUGAUAUAGAAUCUACUGUCGUGCACGAAGAAUACAACCGACCCAUUAAAUUCCGGCAUGACAUAGCUCUUAUCCGCAUGGCCCAAGAAGCCGAAUAUUCUGAUUCUGUUAAACCCAUUUGCUUGCCAGUCAACGAGGACGUGCGACGAAAGACGUUGCUAAAAUAUAUUCUGACAGGCUGGGGUACGACCGAGCAACAAGCACUUUCCGAUGUUCUUCUACAGGCAGUCUUGAAAAACGUCCCGAUACCGGAGUGCCAACAAAGAAUGAGGGACAACUUCCUCAACGUUAUGCUUUCGGAAGACUGGCAAAUGUGUGCUGGUGGCGAAAACCAGGUCGACUCUUGUCGAGGAGAUUCGGGUGGACCAUUAGGCUUUAGUGUAGACAUUUCAGGGGCCAGAUUUGUUCAGUUCGGUAUUGUUUCUGCCGGUGUUAAAUCCUGCGGUGAGGAGAGCGUGCCUGGAAUUUACACGCGUGUGUCGAGCUACAUGGACUGGAUAGUGGAAAAUAUGCGACCGUAAGGAAUACGUGUUAUCUCAUGGUCGAUUACUAAGAGAAAAAGGAGAAAACAGAAAAUAAAACAAAACGAAAGUUAU